AUGGAAAGAGACUACUUCCUAGUCAGCUUCGUGAGCUCAACAGAUGUCGAAAUGGUAAUGACCAAGGGCCCUUGGCUGAUCGGAGUACACUAUCUCCACAUACAAUGCUGGACCAACACCUUUGAUGCCAAGGUGGAUAAAGUUCAGUUCAUGACAGUCUGGGCACGACUCCCGGGUAUACCAGUGCACCAUUACAAUAAGUUCUUUCUAAGAAGAAUUGUCCAGCUAGUGGGGAAGGUCGAUAUAGACCAUCAAACUGCUGCAAAAACUAGAGGCAAAUUCGCUAGGCUGGCUGUGGAGGUAGAUCUUACUCUAUCCAUUGUGGCAGAGUUGGUCAUCUCGCCGGAGAAUGCACCUUUACAAUGGAACCCCCAGUGGCACGACCGGAGCAGCAAAGGAAUGAACAAGAACAGUCGUGCAGGGUGGGGUAGGGCGCCGGAACAACGGCGGAAACGGGAGGGAAGCUGUUUGGAGAGUGGAUGCACGCAGCCAAAACAGGAAGGUACAGGGCCGGCAAGGAAUUUCCAGAGGACAAGGGGUGAAUCCACUGGUUUCUUGGAGGGAUCUCGUUUUUCGAUGCUUAGUCGUCUCCAGGAGGAAGGAAUCGAAUCUCAGAAAAGGAAAACAACAAAUCUCGGCGUGUCAGACGGUGGGGACAAGCAAUGA